GCCUCGUCGCGCUGCACGUGAUGAUCGGCGCGCGUCACCGAAAACUGUCGCUCUCCCAGAGACUGGAGCUCGGCUCACUCACUGUGUGUUGCAGGCUGUUGUAAAUAAAGAAUAAAACCCUACAAACUUACAGAGAAAAUAAGCAAGACAGAUUUGUGAGUGCUUAGGAGAAAAAGGGGGAAGCGAAAACAUGGCUGGUUUGAUGGCAGGUUUUGGUCACUACACCCAUGCGAUCGUCCGGGGAAUCCCUGCGUCCCUGGCCAAAGAGGCGCUCAGGAGCAGCCAGGCGGAGGUGGACCUGACUAAGGCGCGGACGGAACACGAGGCGUAUGUGGAGGUGCUGCGGGAGAGGCUCGGGCUGGAGGUGGUGGAGCUGCCCGCGGACGAGUCGCUCCCGGACUGCGUGUUCGUGGAGGACGCGGCUGUGGUGUGCGGCGAGACGGCGCUCAUCACCAGACCUGGGGCGGAGAGCAGGAGGAGAGAGACUGAGGUGAUGAAAGAGGCUCUACAGAAUCUACAUUUAAAUGUUGUGGAAAUGACUGAUGAGAAUGCAACACUGGAUGGAGGUGAUGUUCUAUUUACAGGUCGAGAAUUCUUUGUUGGUCUUUCUAAACGAACUAAUCAAAGAGGAGCUGAGAUCCUAGCUGAUGCAUUUAAGGACUAUGCUGUUUCCACUGUGCCUGUGCUGGAGGGGCUACACCUGAAAAGCUUCUGCAGCAUGGGAGGACCAGGACUUAUCAUCAUCGGCUCCAGCGAACCAGCUCAGAAAGCGCUUAAAAUCAUGCAGCAAAUGAGUGACCAUCGCUAUGACAAGCUGACGGUACCUGAUGAUAUUGCUGCCAACUGCAUCUACAUGAAUCUGCCAAACAAGGGACACGUGCUCCUGCACUGCACAGCGGAGGAGUUUCCAGAGAGUGUUAAGGUGUUUGAAAAACUGAAAGACCACAUGCUGAUUCCUGUGUCCAAUUUGGAAAAGGUUAAAGUGGAUGGGGCACUCACAUGCUGCUCAGUCCUCAUCAACAAGAAGACAAACAUCUGAGCAUGCUGACUGGGCCUUUCAGUGCACUUUGAUCAAGCACUGUAUUUGGUACAUAGCUUAAUGUUGAUCAAAGAUAUUGAGGUACAUGGAAGAGAGAAGCACUUUUUGUGUUUUUAUUCCAUAAACUCUAGUGGAAGCUAUUAGGAUAUUACUAAAAUUACAUUAAGACUUGGUGAAAUGAUUAAGAUACAACAUUGGGUUACCAAUGUCUCAAAAAAA